CAUUUCUAAACACUGCACACAGGUGGAGAAAGAAUGCGUCCCUGCUGGGAAAAAAUCCUCAUAGUAUCUGUAAUGGUUUUAAUGGUUAUAAUGGGAAUUGUAUUGGUUUUAAUAGAAACUGUAAUGGUCCCUGUGGAUCUCUCUCUCUGUCUCUCUCUGUCUCUCUCUCUCUCUCUGUCUCUCUGACUAGUGGAUACCUUUAAGGACCGGUAAUGGUUUUAAUGGUUAGCUGAUGGUUUGUAAUGGAAUUUCUGUGACCUAUUCCUCUUUUUUUCUGCUGUUUUUGUUUUUCUGAUAUUUUCUCUUCUCUUUUUUCACAUCUCUUAUCUUCUUUCCCCUUCUCCUGUGUGUUCUUUUAUAUUCUUUAUCAUUUCUUUACUUUUCUCAUCUGUGAUAUUUUAUAUUAAUGUCAUGUUAUUGUCCAGUGUUUCGGAUGUUAAAGUCUUUUAUUGUACAUUUUAAUUCACUUCUUUCUAUUUUCCAGCAAUUUCUUAUAAAUGUUAAAUUAAAAAUAAGCACAAAUGAAUUGAAAUUUAAUGUAAGCAUAGUUUUUCAGACAUGUUGGUGCCUAUAGUGUAUGUUGUUGUGGUGUGAUAUGUUUAUGGUUUUUCCCUUCAGUAAUUUGGGGAAUAGCUCAAAUCCAAAAUCUCUCAGCACCCCUGGUUAAUCAUUUUUCUGUGAAGAUGAGUUAUAACACAAAACUGUGAUUAUUAGGAAUGAAUACUGCAAAUCUGGACACAAAAUUAAAAAAGCGCUGAAAACUCUCGCGCUCGUGUUCUUUCUUCUUCUUCUUCGUCUUCUUCUUCUUCAUCUUCUCCUUUUUUUUUUUUUUUUUUUUAUACAUCAAAUAAGUACAAACAGAAUGAACCAAUAAGAAACUUGGAGCUGUGGAACGAGCCAGGUGACGUCAUAUAGUCAGACCGUCCGUUCACAGCACAUCGACCAAUCAGAACGCAAGGUUGCGUGGAGCUACGUGAUUGACACACGGCCUUAGCCAAUAGAAAGCGGCUUUGCUGUCAGACGGGGGCGGGGUGUGUUCCGAUUUGUGUUUUGAUCUGCAUGUAGAAGCUUUAAUGAUGAAGGUGGAGGAUUAAAACUCUUCACAGGACUGAACGGAAUCGUCAGGCUGGCAAUCGAGCUUUAAAAUCAAAAUGACUAUUUUUGAAGUUAGCAACCGGCUAAUGGAGAGCGCAGUGGAGAAAAUAAUGAGCGAAAAUUUGACGUUCACGAUUCUCGCGAUGUCAGCUUUCACCCUCACCCUGGCGUAUUUAUUUAAAAUGGUGUUCAAACAGCAACAGCCGCAGGAUAAAGAUGACGGACAUAAAUAUCCCCCGUACAUCCCGUCCAGUUUGCCGUUCCUGGGUCAUGCCAUCGCUUUCGGAAAAAGCCCCAUCGACUUCCUGGAAAACGCGUACAAGAAGUAUGGACCCGUGUUCAGCUUUACAAUGGUGGGGAAGACAUUCACCUAUCUGGUGGGAAGUGAAGCAUCUGCUCUGAUGUUCAACAGUAAAAACGAAGACCUGAACGCUGAGGAUGUUUAUUCACAACUGACCACGCCCGUGUUCGGCAAAGGAGUCGCCUACGAUGUCCCAAACCACGUGUUCCUGGAGCAGAAGAAGAUGUUGAAGACGGGGCUGAAUGUGGCUCGCUUUAAGCAACAUGUACAGCUCAUUGAAGAAGAAACGAGGCAGUAUUUCCUCCGCUGGGGGGAUAGCGGGGAGAAAAAUCUGUUUGAGGGUCUGAGUGAGCUGAUCAUCCUCACGGCGAGUCGCUGUCUGCACGGCGUGGAGAUCCGCAGCGUUCUCACUGAGAGUGUUGCUCAGCUUUACACUGACCUCGAUGGGGGAUUUACCCACGCUGCCUGGAUAUUACCUCCUUGGAUUCCUUUGCCAAGCUUCAGGCAGCGAGACCGCGCUCACAAAGCGAUAAAACAAAUCUUUUACGAAGUGAUUGAGAAACGCAGGAAGAGUGCAGAGAAAGAGGAGGACAUCCUACAGACCCUCAUCGACGCCACAUACAAAGAUGGCCGUGCUCUGAAUGAUGACGAGAUUUCAGGGAUGCUGAUAGGUCUGUUGUUGGCGGGUCAGCACACUUCGUCCACCACCAGUGCAUGGCUAGGGUUCUUCCUGGCGCGAGACUCUGCGCUGCAGAAAAGCUGCUACAAUGAACAGAAACAAGUGUGUGGAGAAAACCUGCCAGCCAUCACAUACGAACAGCUGAAGGACCUGAACCUGCUCGACCGCUGUCUGAAGGAAACUCUGAGGCUCCGCCCCCCCAUCAUGACCAUGAUGAGAAUGGCUCGAACUCCUCAGAAAGUUGGAGAUUACACCAUCCCUGCAGGACACCAGGUGUGCGUGUCGCCCACAGUAAACCAUCGACUCCAGGACACCUGGAAUCAUCGAAUGGACUUUGACCCUGAUCGUUACCUUGGUGAUAACCCCGCCGCUGCAGAAAAAUUCGCCUACAUCCCAUUCGGAGCAGGCCGUCACCGGUGCAUCGGGGAGAACUUCGCCUACGUGCAGAUUAAGACAAUUUGGUCGACAUUGUUGCGUUUGUUUGAGUUCGAGCUGGUAGAUGGUUAUUUUCCAACUGUGAAUUACACCACCAUGAUACACACCCCCAACAACCCCAUCAUUAGAUACAGACGGAGGACAUAACACACACCAUGAUGCAACACUGACAGAUGGAGGCCUGGAAUAACACCCAGGAUGUUCUGUCAUCAGUUACACAGAGCAAGCAGUGAUCGAGAGCAACACACACACACUCUCUCUCUCUCUCUCUCUCUCUCUCACUCUCUCUCACUCUCUCCACUGUGAUGCUAUUUGUAAAUAAACAGUUUUAUAAAUAUAUACAAAUCAAUUCUGAAACUUUGUUGAACUGUGAAAAUAAUGUAAAUGUUCAGUUAAAACUAGAGACGCACCGAUACUAAAUUUCUUGGCCGAUACCGAUAAGCGAUUAUUCAGAGUGAUAUCGGCCGAUACCGAUAACUGAUAGUUCUGCUUUUUAUGCCUUCUUACAAAUGAAUAAUAAUUAAUUCCACAAUUCUGAAAGAAAUGAAAAUAAAAACUUUAUUCUCUCCAUUUCAGCACGUUGUUUGACAGUAACUGAUCUCAUCAACACAAAACACAUUACUCACAUUAACACAUGAACUCAAUUCUGAUUAAAGUAAGAUUAUUAACUUACUGAAUGUUAUUAAUUCAUAUGAAUAUUGACUGAAUUGUAAAAAACCUCCUGUUAGUCUCACAUUCACUCUCCACAAACACAAGCAUUUCUACUUCAUCACUGACAUCAAACUGGUCAUAUAUAGGCCUAAUAUAAACCUUUUUUUUAUGAUAUUAACUUAUAUUAACAUUAACUCCAUAUGAAACAUAUUACUCUACGAAUAUUUUUCUGUGCAAUAUAUGGCAAUAUAUACCUUUUUACAACUCCUCUUCAUUUAAAUCUUUCAACGAGUUUGCUCGAGCUGAAACUCGAUGCCAAAACGGUUCACUGCUGCUACUUCCGGUGUAAAAUUAUUGUAAUUACAGCGAUUACACACUGCAUCUUUACAAAAUCGAUGUGUCCCCCCCUUUUAUUGGCCGGAUAUAAUUGGCCCUGAUCAUCAGAUGUUUUUAAACUAUCGGCCGAUAGCCCAUAGCGGGAAUAAUUACCUUUGUCGGCUGAUAUAUUGGUGCAUCUCUAGUUAAAACUGUUCUAGUCUUCUUCUGUUUCUGUUUUUUAUUUCUUCUGACUGGUAACCUGAAGAAGAUUUUGAGGUUGUUCAAAGAAGAAUUAAACUCAUGAUAAUUAUCUCCUAACUACUUACCUUUCACUGUUCACCUACAACAUUAGCUAGCAGGCUAAGCAUGAAGGUUCUGGGGCUAAUCAUUGUACCAUGUCAUCCUCUACUAAUCUGAGUACUGAACAUGAUUGGUCCAAAGCUGUAGAGCCUAUUUUAUGACAUCACAAACAUUCAUUUGAAAGUCUCUGUUUUAAAAGAAUUGCGUGGUAUGGCGUUACAGUUCGCAGCUCCAGGGUCACCGGCUCGAUCCUGAGCUCAGGUUACUGUCUGUCCUAAAACAUGCCCAUAGGUGGCUACCCUGAAUUACCCGUGAGUGUGAAUGUUUGUGUCCUUGGUGCCUGCUGAUGUAUUCCUGCCUCAUGAUCAGUGUUCCCAAGAUAGACUCUGGAUCCAUUGAGACCCCGACCAGGAAAAGUCAUUCCUGAAGAUGUCAGAGUGGUGGACUGAAACAGAAUCAGGUGAAGUAGAAGAGUGGAGUGAUUCUGAUUCUGAAAGCCACAAGCAUGCAUAAUGAAAUUAAACAGUUUUAAUAAUAUACAAAAGAUAAUAACACCAAUAUCUUGAUAAAUGAUAAAUGUCAAUUG